AUGACCGAAGUUAUUACCUCAUCAGUGUUUAACAUCGAACACUUGAAUAAAGUGACCGAGGAUGGAAGACCAAUCAUCAAACUUCCUAAUAGUGGCGACACUAGGGUUUUGAAAUUGAAUAAAGAGGAUUUGAUUGUUUCCGAGCCAGCAACCCCCGAGAAGAUUGAGGAGAAACUCAAACUCUAUGGUGGUUGUAUAGUCAGAAACUAUCUCCUGGAGGAAGACUGCGACCAAAUUCUUAAAGACGUCUCUCCCCGUUUAAAUUCGUUCUCAAAUUCAGGAGAUGCAAGUAAUUUCAUCUCUCCCACUACGCGCCGUGCAAGCGGAACUUGUUUGAGGUCCAGAACUGCUGCUGAGAAGAUGUUGAUCCACCCUUUGAAUCUAGCAGUUUCCAACAGGUUCCUGGGUAAAGAGAACGUUUUCAGAAUUGGAGAGGAAGCGGUUACCGGCUUUUCCAAGGCACAACACAACUCAUGUAUCACUUUUUCAAUUGGACCUGGCUCUAAGGACCAACCCUUGCACAGAGACGAUUAUUUGCAUCACAGUGUACGACCAUACCGGGAGAAAUACACAUUUGGAACAGAGACUGCUGUUGGUACCGCUGUGGCACUGAGAAGGACCACCAAGGCAAAUGGUGCCACCAGAUUCAUCCCUGGUUCUCACUUGUGGGAUCACUAUCGUCGUCCAAAUGAAGAGGACGUUUUCUAUGCUGAACUAGAAAAAGGCGAUUGUUUUUUUAUGCUGGCUUCCUGUUAUCACGGAGGUAGCGCAAACACCACCAAAGAUGAACAGAGAAUUGUCACUUUUCUGUUUAUGACACAGGGUACUCUCAGACAAGAGGAGAAUAUCUUCCUGGGAACCCCGAUUGAGUACUUCAAGUCUUUGUCUAUUCCAGCCCUUGCUGCUCUCGGUUUGCAAACCAGUCAGCCUUUCUGUGGAUGGCAUGAAAACGAAGACCCAAUUAGGUUUCUGCUCCCCGAGGCUGAUUAUGAGUUUACGCAGUUCAAAGAUGUUUACAUGGUUGAGGACUGA